UCGUCUUCCAUCAUUCUUUGAAAAUGAGAUGGAACAUUUGGAAGAUGAUGAAGCAACAAGGAGUCUUUUACAGGGUUUUCGAGCUGUUGCAAUACCUUUGAAGAAGACAGAAGAUUCAACUUGUGAAGUUUUUCGUUGGAUCUAUUUGAAGAAACAACGUCGUAAGCUUGAUGAAUCUCUCACCGGUUUGGAAACCUCUUUUUUAUUUAUCGCGAAUCUGCCUUUUUUUGUGACGGAGCGACAGCUGACAAGUGUUUUGGAACAGUAUGGGAAAGUAAAUCGUACAGUAUUCGGAAGUUUGCCUGAAAGUGAAGGAUAUUCUAAGCAUGCAUCUGUGUUUUUUUCGGAUGAGAAUAGUAUUGAACUAGUUUUGAGAGCUCCAUUAGAUUUUUCGGCAUGUUUGGCUGACGAAAAAGUCGAAGAUGUUAUUACUGGGAAGUUGAAAGAGUACCAAAAGUGGCGUUGUAAUCCCCGUAUGUUAGCACAACAUGUGGACGAGGUUUUAUUUCGGCACCGUGAGAAACGUGAAAAGGAAGAACAGGAAUUGAAGUAUAGGCAAACCGUUCCAGACGAAGACGGGUUUAUACUUGUGGGUGCGAGAAAUACAAGCAAAAAGAGUUUUGCGAACGUGAAAAAGAGAGCCCCAUUGAGAGUUGCAGAAUCUUCGCUAAAGCCAAAGGAAGGCUUCUAUAAGAUUCGCAGUAGGAAACAACAACGGAAGCUUGAACGAGAGCGACAAAGUGACCUUCAUUGACUUUCGUUCGUGAAGAAACCAAGUAUUGAUGUGAAAAGUCUAUUUUUUUUAUUAUGAUAACAUAGGAAACUUUGGAUGAUGAUUGAUAAAGAAUAUAUUCUCACAAUGAAUUAUAUGCUUACGAU